AUGCUGGACGAGGACAGCAGCAGCAGCAAGCGCAGCACCAAGGUCGUCGACUGCCUCGAAUGCCGCGUCACGGGCACGAUGACGUGUCUCGCUGUCGCCACGUACUCGUUCCAUGAACUCGCCAAGACGCCGCCGGCGCAGGUCGGCCACCGCCGAUGGCUCUUCGCCUUUGGCUCGGCGUGGGUCGGGGCUGCGAUCGCCCGCGCUGUCUACUAGCCAUACGUAGCAAGAUCGCUCGACUGUACAUGAGACUGUAUUCUACAUUCGCUUAGACAAAGGCCACAUCGGCCUCCGGGACGCUGUUGUCGGCCAGAAAGGCCAUGCGCGCCGCCACGUCGCCGAGACGCGGUGCCUCGUCGAUCGACUCAUCUUGCGACUGGUGAAAGGCGGUCGCGGUCGUACCGAGCCACUUGCGCGCGAGUCCGGCGAGCCGCGGAAACAUACCGUGGUGUGUCUUCCACCAGCCAAGCGUGUCUUCAAUGCCGGGCACGACGGUUGCAAAGUACAUUUGCAGCUCGUCCUCGACCGAGAGCGUGUCGAUGCCCAUCGAGUCGAGGAUCUCGUCGCGCGUCGCACCCAUGACCUGCUGAAGGUACUUGAGGCUUCGUGUCGUGU